AUGCUUCUCAACGCCUCCCCCAUGACUCGCCGCGCCUUUGACGGCUCCGACUUGCAGCUGAACCACCAGCAGCAAAACUCUGUCAAUACCUCUCGCUCCAACAGCACCGUCACCACUUCUUCUACCUCCACCUCAUUCGACUACCCACGCAAGGCCUCGGCCGAGCAGACUAGCCUCGAAAAGAAGCGUGCGCGCCAGGCGGCCACGACCAAGGAGCGAGCCAGCUUUUUCAAGGCUGCUGGCACCGUGUUUGCACUGAAGUGA